AUGAGCCGUCAAUCUGUCUCGAGCCAGGGCAGCCGCCCCGGCGGCCGGAUCAGCGGGGCCCUCCAGCGGACCGUGACGACUGGUUCGAUUGCAGCCAACCCGUGGAACUACGAGGAGGGUUCCGAUCUGGACCCUUACAGCCCAAACUUCAAUGUUCGCAAGUGGACUCGCUCUGUUGUCACCGAGACACGCGGCGAGGACCACAUCCCCCGCUAUGCUGGUAUUGCGUUCAAGAAUUUGAGCGUUCACGGCUUCGGCUCUGAUGCCGACUACCAGAAGACCGUGGGUAACAUUCCUUUCUACCUCUUUGGCCAGCUCCGCGACCUCAUCGGCAACCGCAAGCGCAAGGUCCAGAUCCUAAACUCAAUCGAUGGCGUCCUUGAUUCGGGAGAGAUGCUUGUUGUUCUUGGUCCUCCCGGCUCGGGCUGUACCACCAUGCUCAAGACCAUCGCUGGCGAGAUGAACGGCAUCUACCUCGACGAGCAGUCGGACCUCAACUACCGAGGCAUCGACCCCAAGCGCAUGUACAAGCAGUUCCGUGGCGAGGCCAUCUACACUGCCGAGGUAGACGUGCACUUCCCUAAGCUCGUCGUCGGUGACACGCUCGACUUUGCCGCGCGUGCGCGUGCACCCCGCAACCCACCCGGAGGCCUCUCGGCCGCCGAGUAUGCCACUAAGAUGCGUGACGUUGUCAUGGCCAUCUUCGGUAUCUCGCACACCGUCAACACCAUGGUCGGCAACGACUUUAUCCGCGGUGUAUCUGGUGGUGAGCGAAAGCGUGUGUCGAUUGCCGAGGCGACCCUCGCCUCCGCGCCCCUCCAGUGCUGGGACAACUCGACACGUGGUCUCGACUCGGCCAACGCCAUCGAGUUCGUCAAGAACCUGCGCCUCGGCGCCGAGUUCUUUGGCACCACCGCCUGCGUCGCCAUCUACCAGGCCCCCCAGGCCGCGUACGACCUCUUCGACAAGGUCUCGGUCCUUUACGAAGGCGAGCAGAUCUUCUUCGGCCGCUGCGACAAGGCCAAGCAGUUCUUUGUCGACAUGGGCUUCUACUGCCCUGAGCAGCAGACCACCCCCGACUUCCUCACCUCGCUCACCUCUCCCUCGGAGCGCCGCGCCCGCAGCGGAUUCGAGGGCAAGGUCCCCGUCACCCCCCGCGAGUUCGCGCAGCGCUGGAAGGCGUCGCCCGAGUACGCCGCCCUCCAGGCUGAGAUCCAGGCGUACAACGCCAAGUACCCCAUCGGCGGCGAGACGUACAACCAGUUCCUUGCCUCGCGUCGUGCUCAGCAGUCCAAGCACGUCCGCCCCCACUCGCCCUACACCCUCUCGUACGGCGGCCAGAUCAAGCUCUGCGUUCGCCGCGGCUUCCAGCGUCUCAAGGCCGACCCCUCCCUUACCCUCUCCCAGCUCUUCGGCAACCUUAUCAUGGUUCUUAUCAUUUCGUCUAUUUUCUACAACCUGCAACCUAACACGGCAUCGUUCUACAACCGCGGCGGUCUUCUGUUCUUCGCCAUUCUCAUGAACGCCUUCGGCUCGGCUCUUGAGAUUCUCACCCUGUACGCCCAGCGCCCGAUUGUCGAAAAGCACGCACAGUACGCAUUUACGCACCCCUCCGCCGAGGCGUUUGCGUCUAUGCUCUGUGAUUUGCCCUACAAGAUCUGCAACGCCAUCAUUUUCAACAUCACCCUCUACUUCAUGACCAACCUGCGUCGCGAGGUCGGACCAUUCUUCUACUUCUUCCUGGUCUCCUUCCUCCUCACCUUGACCAUGUCCAUGAUGUUCCGCUCUAUCGCCUCGCUCUCGCGCUCCCUCACGCAGGCGCUGGCUCCCGCCGCCGUCCUUAUCCUUGGCCUCGUCAUUUACACCGGCUUCGCCCUGCCUAUCAGCUACAUGCCUGGGUGGUCUCGCUGGAUGAACUACCUUGACCCCAUCGCUUAUGGGUUCGAGUCGCUCAUGAUCAACGAGUUCCACGGCCGUACAUUUGAAUGCUCGCAGUGGGUCCCCAUGGGCCCCGGCUACCCAGCUCCCGGCACCUCUGAGUCCGUUGUCUGCUCGUCGGUCGGUGCCCAGCCCGGUCAGCCCGGUGUCAACGGCGACGACUACCUCUGGAUCGCGUACCGCUACACGCACGCGCACAAGUGGCGCAACGUCGGCAUCAUCAUCGCGUUCAUGGUCGGCCUCUGCUGUGUCUACCUCGCCGCCACCGAGCUCAUUACUGCCAAGCGCUCCAAGGGUGAAAUUCUCAUCUACCCGCGCAGCAAGAUCCCCAAGGAGCUCAAGUACAGCGAGAAGCCCGUCGACGAGGAGGCCGUUGCUAUGGAGCGCCAGAAGGCUGAGAUGCGCGCCCAGGCACACUCGCACGCCGAUGCCAUUAUUCAGCGCCAGACCGCCAUCUUCUCGUGGAAGGACGUCGUCUACGACAUCAAGAUCAAGGGCGAGCCCCGCCGUAUUCUGGACCACGUUGAUGGCUGGGUGAAGCCCGGUACUCUCACUGCUCUCAUGGGUGUAUCCGGCGCCGGUAAGACCACGCUCCUCGAUGUCCUGGCUACCCGUGUGACUAUGGGUGUUGUCUCCGGCGAGAUGCUCGUCGACGGCCGUCCCCGUGACGUCUCGUUCCAGCGCAAGACCGGUUACGUCCAGCAGCAGGACUUGCACCUUGAGACUUCGACCGUUCGUGAGGCCCUCCGUUUCUCUGCCGUCCUCCGCCAGCCCAAGACGGUCUCUCGCGAGGAGAAGUACGACUAUGUUGAGCAGGUCCUCAAGCUCCUCGAGAUGGACGCCUACGCCGACGCCGUUGUUGGUGUCCCCGGCGAGGGUCUCAACGUUGAGCAGCGCAAGCGUCUUACCAUCGGUGUCGAGCUUGUCGCCAAGCCCGAGCUUCUUCUCUUCCUUGAUGAGCCUACUUCGGGUCUCGACUCGCAGACUUCGUGGAACAUUCUCAUGCUUCUCCGCAAGCUGACUGCGAACGGCCAGGCUAUUCUCUGCACCAUCCACCAGCCUUCGGCGAUGCUCUUCGAGCAGUUCGACCGUCUUCUCUUCCUUGCCAAGGGCGGCAAGACUGUCUACUACGGCGAGGUCGGCGAGAAGUCGCACAUCCUGAUCGAUUACUUUGAGCGCAACGGUGCACCCAAGUGCCCGCCCGGCGAGAACCCGGCCGAGUGGAUGCUCUCUGCCAUUGGUGCCGCCCCUGGCUCGCACACCGACUACGACUGGCACCAGCUCUGGCUCGACUCGCCCGAGCGCGUUGCUGUCCGCGAGGAGCUCGAGGAAAUUAAGCGUGAGCGCCGCGCCCUGGUCCCGAAGCAGAACCGGUCCGACAAGUCGAACAAGGCCGCGUAUGCCGAGUUCGCCGCGCCCUUCAGCCUCCAGUUCCUCGAGGUCCUUCGCCGCGUCUUCCAGCAGUACUGGCGCACGCCGUCGUACAUCUGGUCCAAGAUCGCUCUCUGUGUUGCCACUGGUCUUUUCAUCGGUUUCUCGUUCUUCCGCGCCGACACGUCGCAGCAGGGUCUUCAGAACCAGCUCUUUGCCGUCUUCAUGUCGUUCACCAUUUUCGGCCAGCUCGUCCAGCAGAUCAUGCCUAACUUCGUCAUCCAGCGUUCGCUCUACGAGGUCCGUGAGCGCCCGUCCAAGACGUACUCGUGGGUUAUCUUCAUCCUGUCCAACAUUGUUGUCGAGAUUCCCUGGUCGAUUUUCGUCGGCACCCUCUUCUUCUUCGAGUGGUACUACCCUAUCGGCCUCUUCAAGAACGCCAUUCCUACCGACUCGGUUACGGAGCGUGGCGCCCUCAUGUGGCUCCUCUUCAUGACCUUCCUGCUCUUCACCUCGACCUUUGCCACUGCUAUGGUUGCAGGUAUCGAGCUCGCCGAGACGGCUGGUAACCUUGCCAACCUGCUGUUCUCGCUCUGCCUGAUCUUCUGUGGUGUUCUUGUGCCCCUCCAGUCGCUCCCUGGCUUCUGGAAGUUCAUGAACCGCGUCUCGCCCUUCACCUACCUUGCGGAAGGCAUGCUGGCUACCGGUCUUGCCCGCACCAACGUUGUGUGCUCGUCGGCCGAGCUGCUCAGGCUCAACGCGCCCUCUGGCCAGACCUGCGGCGAGUAUCUGGGCCCUUGGAUCCAGCAGGCCGGUGGCUACGUCAAGGACCCCGCCUCGUCCGCUUGCGAGUACUGCGCCAUGGACAAGACGGACACUUUCCUGAGCGUCUUCAACAUCUACUACGACAACCGUUGGCGCGACUUUGGCCUCAUGUGGGUGUACAUCAUCUUCAACGUCUUCGCCGCCAUUGCCUUCUACUACCUCGCCCGUGUGCCUAAGAACAAGAAGGACGCUGUUGAGGAGACCAACGACGACCUCAACCGCACUAUCACCGGCGCGACUGGCAUCUCGCGCCAGAUUACCGAGGGCGAGAAGAUCCAGUCACCCCUCACCACCAACGGCACCGACUACCUGGGCGCCAAGCAGCUCAACACCAACCCGUACGACGAGAAGGCGAACGGCAACGGCGUGUACCACGACGAGAAGGCUAACGGGCCAUAUGGGGCGGCACCGCUCGUGCAGUCGGGCUCUGAUCGCUCAGGCCCCAUCACCACCACAGACGGCAGCACGCGCGUGCCCUCGCCCGAGCCCCCUACGCCAGGAGAGUACUACGACGCAUCGGCCGCCCUCGGCGCGCCGGCCAUGACAACAUCUCCAGGCCCUCCCAUCGGCGCGCGCUCGACCGAGCGCAUUGCCUAA